AUGACGACUGUCGGCAGGAGGGCGGCGGGGCGCUUGUUUGCCCUCCUGCACGCCAAGAGCAGCAGUGUAGGAGCCGCACCAUGGUGCUUGACCGGGCGCAGCCUGGCUGGCUUGGCCAGCGCCGGCGGCGGAACGAGCAGCGGCAGCCGUUCCCCCGUUGGCACUGACCGCCUCGCCCCCGGAGCCGUGUUUACCCUGACCAAGCGCUUCUCGCCCGAGGACGUGGCUGGAUUCGUGGCGCUGACAGGGGACAGCAACCCCAUCCACGUUGAUGGGGGCGCGGCCGCGGCGGCGGGCCUGCCGGGCCCCAUCCUGCCCGGCAUGCUUCUGGCCUCGCUCUUCCCCGCCAUCAUCGGCUCCCACUUUCCCGGCGCCGUCUACCUGAGCCAGACCCUCAAGUUCAAGCAGUAUGCGCUGGUCGGAGACAGCUUCACCGCCUCUCUGACUGUGGAGAAGAGCAGCGGCAGCCGCGUGAGCUUUGGCACGGUGUGCCGCCACGACAGCACGGGCACUGUGGUGGUGGAGGGCACGGCCCUGGCGCUCAUCCAGCAGCGGUACAGUGGUGGAAGUGCCAGCGGGCAGGAUUAG